AUGCACCCUUUCUCAGUCCUCGCGCUUGGCAUAUUUGUAGCAGGCUACAUCACCGCGCGGUGGGAUCUAGUUACCCGGCUGUACGAGCUGGCCAUAUUUGCCUGGGAUCACGGUGUAGUUACACGCACGGCCAAGGGCUUUGCUGUCCUUUCCAUCUUCUAUUUCCUUUUCAUUAUCCCAAUCAAUCUCAUUGUGGCACGAGAGAUCAACUCGGUAAAUCCCCUAGGCGCAUUCCCUCCAUUGACGAGAGCCCGAUCUACUCACAAAUUCCGUAGCAUCCGCGUGCGUCCUUCACAUCUUUAUAUUACUUGGAACCCCUCUUCUAAAGUGCCCCGGAUCUUUUGCCCUCCUGAGACCAAACUUUCCAUCCAGAUCAUCACAUUCAACAGGCCCCAUCCGAUGCGCAUGCAUAUUGGACGAUUUGAACAAGCAGAGGUUAAGGCAAAAGCGCAAACCAGAAAACUUGUCGAGAAGCUGAAAUUGCAUACUGUGGUUAGGCAUAUUCCUUCACCAAAGGAACAGAUCCUCCCGGCAAUUAUCAACCAGGUUAACUGUUCUUUCGAAGUGGAGAAACUUCUUGCUAAAAACGUGGGCUUGGUUGGAGCGCGACCCAAACGCAGUCUAAGUGUCAGUGAGCGUGUGGUUGAAUCUGCCAGCACCGCAUGGGACUUUUUAUACAUGGCUUUGUCAUACAUAUUUCUAGUGUGGAUUUACCCGGUCAUUACGCAAGGGUUUAUUGCUGUACUCAUCAGCCAUCGAGUCGUGGCGGAGGUUGUCCUGGGUGUGCUCGAGUGGCGUGCUCGCCCAGACGCGGCUGCACUGAAAGAUAUAUCAGCUACAGCUCAGCAGAUUGAUAUACGGCUGCAACAAUUUUGUUACUGGCCGAUCCAAUAUCUGACAUUGCGCAAACGGAAGGACGACUGGGAAAGUGUAACGAACAGCCACCCGGAUUACAUAAGAUUCUACAACAGCCUUUGGUUAGUGGCUAAUGAUGUGAUCAUUGGGAUUGCUCUCGGAUCAUACAUCAUGGAUAACGCCGACUGGGUAGCGUCACAAAUCAACUCGAUUCUCACGUGGUGGACGGUCGAGGGUUUGCAACGGACAAUAUCGUGGCUCAUGGGCUGGCCUGCAGGUUUGAAGCUAAAUAAUGAACUUGCUGUUUUCAUGGGUGAUUUGUUUUUAUGGGUUAUAGAACAUUGGGCUAGUGCUCUCGCAAGCCUUCGCCCUUUUCUCCGGCAUGUAAUCUACAUGAUUGGAUGCUCCGGCUUUGCUGGCGGUAUUCAUUUCUCACUCCGAGAAGCUCUUUUGCCAAACUCUGCGUCGAAGACCGAUGAAAUGCCCUCUACCUCCACCUCGUAUAUCCAUCUCCAGUCCAUACCCCUCUCUCUUCGCCAAAUGUUCGACCAAUAUUUCCAGCUCGGCCACCGCCUCCGUAAGCACUACCUCUCACCCAGUGUCAUCCUCUGCCUGGUGACUGGUCGCUUUGUCCCUCCAAUCCACCGCCGAAACAUGUACAGCUUGCAGUAUAGCAUGCUCCCUGCACAGCGCGUCGGGAUAGGAGAAGUUUGGUCACGGUUGACGGAGAAGAAAACCCGGACGGCCAAUGUUAUGGCGCCCAUGCCGAAGAUUCCGAAUGGAUUCCCGUUUGACAGGAGAAGGCAUCGGUCAUGA